UCUAAUUCGAGAUUCUAAUUCAUGCAUGUGGAACUCAACUGGACUGGAAUCGUGAAAUUAUUUUUUCUUCCACCCAGGGAAUAGUCUCAUCGCAACCUAACGAUGAACGAUCGAUUUAUUCCUUUCCUGCUUUUUAUAAAUAAAUGAAAUUUCAUUCGUAUCGAGUUAACUUGUUCAAACAAACACGAACAUUAUCCUUGAUACGUUUGAGCGAACGAUCGAUCAUUCGCUUGCGAAUUUCUGUGCAUUCGUACGAACCGGUGGUGUCGCGUGCCAUUCGGCUCGGUUUUAUUUCUAGACGCGGAACAGGAUUUUUUUAUCCCCAGAAAUAGAUUCGAUUUUGGCCGCUUCCGGCCCAGUGACGUCACGCUUUCUCGAUGAUCCACUCGAAAAAUCUCGAUUGUGCGUCUGCGAAAUCGCAUUCACCGACGCGACGCGACGGUUCGUCCAAGAACCCGGGAGCUGAAAAAUGGCGCCCGAUGGCCAUCUCGAACCCAUCGACCCGUUUGCGCAUGGCAAGGUCCAUGCCCCACUGGGUAAUGGCGCAGCAGCAGAAGGAAACGGAACAACAUCAGCAACGACGACCACCGACCCCACCGAAGAUACCUCCACCCUCGCUCUCCGGAGACUGUGGUGACCCGGACUACGAGAUCAUCGAAUUUCCCACCCGACCGCAACCUCUAAAGUCCUCGACACCGAACGUCGGCAAGUGUGCAUUAUGCGGCACGGAGAACGUGUUCGCACGUUGCGACAUCUGCAACGGCAAUUACUGCGAGGCCUGCGACGACAUGAACCAUAAGCACCCGAAGAGAAAAGGCCACGUACGAAGAAGAAUCCUGACGGAAUUCGCGACGAAAACGCGACCGCCUUUGCCACCGAAAGGGGAGAACCUGUCGAGUCCACCACCGAUCCCUCCACCCAGACGAAAUCGCAAGAACGCUCAGGCUAAAUCGACGCAAAACCAGGGAUCCACGAAUCUCUCCUUGAUCGAGAGGGUCGGCAGCUUGAAGCGAAAUCUACCGAAUACCGGCCGGCCACUCUCGGCUACCUUAGACGCGAAAACCGUGUCGAAAUCCAUGCACGCCGUCAACUCACCCUCUAUCGAUGGAUCUACAUCGGGAACAGGCACCGACAAGAUGUCUACUCUUCAGGAGAGGUACAGAAAAUACCAAGAAGCGAUGAGAGCUCAGGACGCGAACAGAAGAAGACACACUUCCUCCGACAUUUCGAGAGACGCGAUGAACGCAAGGCCAGUUAGCUUAGGCAGCCCGAAACUGCCGCCUCCGGUUCCACCUCCGCCCCCGCCUAGAUCUAUGAUGCAGUCGACCAGCGUUUGCGAUUUAUCCUCGCCUCAAAUGUGGAAUCCUGGAAUGCAUCAGACACAAUCGAUGGCUCAUCUGGGCCCAGGAGGCGUGCCCCUAAUGUGGUACCCACCGAAUCCCCCAUGGGACAUGACCAUGGGUGGUUCGACGAUGAGUUUGAACCACCCACCAAUGUGGGCAUAUCCCAUGGGAUAUCCUCCGUCGCAAAUGCUUCCACCGCAUUAUCCAGGCUCUCUGUCGAGAGCGCACAGUCCCGCGAGAAGCUUAAAAUCGAGCAGAAGAUCCAGGGCUGCCUCGCCCUCGCCCAGUAUGAAAUCCAGGAAAUCGUUAGCCUCGAGAUCGCGAUCCAGAAGAUCGCAAGGAUCGCCGUCCGACGCGAGCUCCGAGGAUUCCGGCGAAUCGGACUUCGACGACAGGCUUUCGCGCAGCUCGAGAAGCAGACGGGGAAGCGUGUCCAGGAGCGCCAGACAGAGGAGCUAUCACGAGGACGAUAGGAAUUUGUUACCCAGGAGCCGUCGCGAGCGCUUAAUGUCCGAAGAGAGGAUGACGAGCACCGAGGAUCAAUGGUCCGAGGGUCACUCCAGCAAACAGUACUCACCGCUGCAAAACACCACCAAUUCUCGUCGACGUUACGACCAAGACGAACGCAGACUCUCGAAACUAGAUUCGCGAUUGGAUCGCGUUCCAAACGGUAGCUAUCGUCGAAGACGAAGCACCGACGAGGAAUCGUCGGAUCGAAGGUCCACCUUACAAGCUCGAUCGUCCAGGGUCACCAGCUCCUCCGACGAUCAUUUCGAGAAGGCAGAAAUAUCAGCUAGACGGAAAGAAGACGAUGUUCCGGUGAAAAGAGCCUCCUCAGUACGAAGGGACGUAAGAUUGGACGACUUUGAGAGAUCCUCUCGCCGAGAUUCCCGAAGAUCCUCCAUCGACAGCGACACGCAGACACCCAGGAAGACUACCUCGCGAGACGUGUCCUCCAGAAGAAACCACCGGGAAGCAGAAAAUAAUGACGAGCUCGUGCCUCGUCCUUCCUCGAGAAAUCAAAGAAGCCGCGAUCCGUCCCGAGAUCGGGAGACACCUUCGAAAAGAGAAGUUUCCGUCGAUGAAAUUGAUCAAUCUCCCGCCAAACGAGCUUCUGAUAAUCAGAGCAGCAGGAAAACACCGUCUCGCGAGUCUGUCCCUAGGAGAAUUCCUCAGAGCGAUGAUAAACAGACGUCGAGACCCGGUAGCAGGAAUCAAGAAGAGAUUCGGGGAAAAGAAGAGAAACGCGAAACGAUAGAGGAUCGUUCGAAGUCACCGAGAAAUGUCAGCGAGAGGAUCGCGAUGGAGAUACCGAAAGAGGAAUGGGCCUGCGAGCAUUGCACCUUCAUAAACGACGUGAACGAUCGCGUUUGCGUGGUUUGUUGCAAAACCAAGAGCAGUGCGUUACCGCCGAGUAACCCUGAAAAUUCCGAGGAUGUCCCAACCGCAAUCAGCGAACCUUCUAAAAGCGAGUCAGCGACCACGUCGAGCAACGUGAGCAAUCCGAGUUCCGAUUUGGAAAAACGAACGAGCUUGCUAAAAAUUUCGAACAGCGAGGAAAGUGGAGAUAGCGGUUCCGCAAAGAACAAAGAUACGCAAGAAAAUCCUCCCGUUGAAUACUCUUCGGUAACGAAAAAUGAGUCCAGAGUAGGAACGAACAGUGUACCAGAGUCUACCGAUAACGUUGAUAUUGCGAACGAUAGAAGAACAAGUCAGGAAGCAACGAAACGACCGAUGCUCGAAAAAAUUUCCAAAACCCAUUCGGUUUCCACCGGAACCUCGCCGCCGCCUCAGAGCAUCUCCACUCAAACGUACGACUAUCUUCCAGUGAGAGGAAGCGCAGCUUUCGUAAGAGCUGCAUCCGCCUCGAAGGGAUUAUUGUAUUAUGAGGACAGCGACGCAGAGAACGAUACGGAGCGUCUGUUCCAGGAACAAAGCAGAUUCGCGAACAGUCCAGAGCUCUAUCCUCAGACGAUCCAGGAACAAUAUCUUCAGCAACUGAUCGCCGCUCCUAGCAGCGACCGCACGCGACGAAACUCCAUCGACUCGACCCACCUUUAUUAUCGUUCCAGGGAAUCCAGUCAGCCGAGAUUCCUGGAGGCUGGCCCCAGUUCGCAGACCGUUUCAACGCUAACCCGUCAAGGUCUGGAGAUCGUGGAGCUUCUGCGAGAGGCCGAGAGACACGGAUACUCGACGGAUGACGUUCAGGUGGCUUUGUCGCAGGGUUCGAGCAACCCUAUCGACUGGCUAAAGACGCAAUGGCCUCAUCUAGUGGAAACGGUGCAGGUUCUGGCGACCACUCAAGGAAAAGAACUGAAAGAGAACAAUGUAGGGAUGCUUUCGACCGCAGAAGCGAAAGAAGCUUUAAGACUGACGAAAGGAGACGUUUGGAACGCUGUCGCGAUGGCGAUUCAACGUAGACAGUUAAAGUGCGAGGAAAUCAUGAAGAAAGGCAACUUCGCUAUGCCGGAGGUGGUGAAAGCGUUGGAGAACAACGCCGGUGCCGAGGACGCGGCUUUGUUCGAGCUGCAAAAGAAUCAAUUGAAGCCUUUCUUGAUGAGGAUCUGGGGUCCUCCGGUCGGGGUGGAAAACGACGAGGCUGCACCGCGGGAAGAUGCGUCAGGUGCGGUCGGUGGUGGAGAGGGUGUUUCCGAACAGGUUUCCAACGUGUCGGACUCGGAAGCCAGGAAGCAGGUAAUAUCACCAAUCGUUGAAAAUUUCGUCGCGUUGCAGGCCGACUUUCAAAAGCAACUGGCAGCCCUCAGACAACUGACCGAUAACUGGCAACUUGACAAAGACCCCCUGAACACGCUCGGUAAUAAGCCUGAUAAUCUGUAUGAAAGUAACGCUGACCAUCGAAUUCUAAUUAAUCCAAAUCUGGUCCCAAGGGCCGCACAACACCUCGAUCUAGCCGACGACACUGUUCACGUUCAGACAUUGGAGAACGAGCAGUCGAAGAGACCCCUCGAAAAUGAAAUCGAAACACCGAUGAUUAAUAAUGAUGUUAUAGUUGAGAAAGCGAACGAACCUAUCGAGAUCAAAGACAGUAUUCAAAAUGAUCAUUUAAAAGGAAAAGAGAAAAUAGAAAUUUUUAUUUCCGAUAAGGAUAAAAAUGAACCACUAAUAAAAAAUGAAACUUCAGUUGUUAAAAAAGCUGAUCAAAUUAUUCAAAAUGACGAUUCCCUGAGAAAUUUAAAUGAAAAGGAAACGGUGGAUAUAAUUCUAGUUUCUGACAAACAGAAAGAAGUAGAAAAUGAAACGAUAGUUGAGGAAAUAAAUGUACAAAAGAGUGUUGCAGAAAAUUUGCUGGAAGAAAAUUCGAACGAUGAAACAGCGAAGGUAAAUUCAGUCACAAAUAAUGAGGGAAAAGAAACAGAAAAUCUUGAGGAGAAGGAAAAUUCAGAAGAAAAACCCGUCUCCGGCUCAAGUGUAAGAAAAGAUAAGUCAAAUGUAGAAUUGAAAGCAAACGAUGUAGUUUCGAAAGUAAGCGUAGAAAGUGUGGAUGUAGAAGUAGACGAAAGAAAAGACAAAGAAUCGCUUGAUUCGCGCGUUAAAGAAAACGAAACGAUAUCCCAAAAGAGUUCAGAUCCUCUGGAAAGCAGCGUGCAAGUAGAUAAAGCUGCUCCUUCACGCUCGAAAGAAGACGAAACGUCCCAAAAGGUUUCAGAUCCUCAACAAAGGACACUGGACGCGGAUAAAGAUUCCUCUUCAUCGAGCAUUCCCUUGCAAUCUAACGUGGCAGAAAAUUCGUCGGAAAAUCAGCAAUCUGAUUUAACAAACCAACAAGAUAAAUCCCAGCAGAACAUAAUUAAUGUACCCAAAUCCUCUUCUGAAACUCCAAAUGUUGACGAAUCAACGAAUAAAUCAAAUAAAGUAGAAAAUGAUCCUGUGAUGCAACAAAAUUCUGAACAAUUAAUUAUUGAUAAUGCUAAUGAAGAGAGUUCGCAGAAGAGCAGCGAAACACAAGUGGCCACUGUAGAAGCACUGAUAUCCGCUGUGAAAUCAUUGCCAGAGCAACUGUUGGGUCCAUUUAUAUCAGCAAUGCAGAUGCUUUCACCGAAAAGAUUGAAUAUCGAGCCUGUUCAAAUUUCCACCGAAACGGUGGAAAAUAAAAUUGAAGAAAAAGAAAUUUUAACGAAAGAAGGGGGAGCUGAAAUCACGGUGGAGGCUGCGACGACUGCUGAAGACAUCGAGAGACUACGCGAUCUUGAAAGGGUAGGUAGACAAGAGAAAGACAAUAGCGGUUCUAGUAGGGUAGAAGAAGAAACGAUAGCGGAGACAUUUGACAAUAGUCGGAUUCGAAAUGACGACGCGAAAGUAACGCAAUCGCGGGAAGAAAUAAAGGAAGCCGCGGUGUACAAAGUAAGUUCUCCGGAAGUUAAAGAAGACAUGGUGUCGAACGUUCGACGAGGUAUGGUAUCGUUGAUAGAGAACGAUUCAUCCGGUCGUGAUCGUCUCGACGGAAGUUCUGAAAUUCAUGAUCCAUCGUCAUCGUCAAAGGAAGUAGACAGCUCUUCCGUGAACGACAUCAAAGAUUCUCGAGCUAACAAUGCAUCUUUGAACGAGCAAUCAUUCACGACUGAUAACGUAAUGAGACACAACGAGACCAUUGGCGCGCAAUCAUUAUCUAGCGAAACGUCAUCGUCGUGUGUCGGUGAAUCAUCUAACAUAGGAACUAGGGUCGCCGAUGAUAAGCGUAUGAAAUUAAUUGAUGCCAGUUUGGUUGCUGAUAACGAACGCUCUCUGGUUAAUUCAGAGCACAAAUUGCUUCAAAGUAAUACGACUAAUUUGUCUGUAACGUGUUUAACUAUCACUAUCGAGCCUUCUAACGUUGAAAAGAAAUUAGACGAGCGGGAAUUUUCUGAGAAUCUGAAAAUGGGUAUCGAAAAGGAUCUUCAGGAUUUUGAAAUUUCAGAGGAUUUUAAAAAUGUCGAGCAAGAAAUUUCAAAGGAUUCUGUAAAUCCUGAAAUUUCAGAGGAUUCGAAAAACGUUACUGAAGAAGUUUCUACCGAUCUGAAAACAGUAGCCUCUGAAACUUCAAAGGAUUCUGAAAGUAUUCCACACGAAAUUUCCUCGAAACCCAAUGAAAAUACUCUCGAGCACUCGAGAGAAUCCAAAAAGCUUGAAAUUUCCAACAAACCUAAACUAAUUAUCCAAGAAAUAUUAAAAACUCCGUUGCACGUAUCCGAAAAAGUGGAACAGCCUAUCUCUGUCGCGUGUCAUAUCCCCAAGGAUAAAAUCGAUACUCGUCCAAUAACUUCUGGAAUCAAGUCCCUCGAUUCUGAAGAAAACCUUCAGCAAAUUAAUGUUCAGUCAAAAACAGAACGGAAUGAUCAAUCAACAUCAACGUCCAGCGAGAAAAUCGAUGAACUAAGAAAAAACCCAUCUUCCAAUGAAGCCAAUAACGAUGCUUCAACAAUUCCGGAGCAGGAUUCGAAGGAAAUAAUUGAAACGAACGAUUCAAAGGCGGUGGUUCUGUCCUCGGUACCUUGCUCGAUAUCAAACAGCCUCGAUGCAAAUAAAGCUUGGAAAGCACUCGCGAAUACCGGAACGACAAUUUUAACUAUUUCAAGUGGCCCUCGUAUUACCGGUCCCUCGUCAAACUCGCAUACUUCGGCCGCCGAAUCGGUCGUUAACAAGCCGAAUUCUACGAAUACUAACAAAAUUCCAGCAAGCCCGGUUGCUCCUAAUAACCUAACCGAUACAUCCUCUAACGAAUCGAACUCGAGCAGAAAAAUCGAACCCCUUCGUUCAGAUCCCAAACUGUGUGAAAAUCUUGGCAAACCACCUUCCUGCGAAGAUGAAAGUAUUGCAAAAGAUUCGAAUAAUAAUACGUCCGAAUCGUUACCUCUUCCUCUUUCUAACGAAAAUGAAACAGAGAACGGUCUUCUCGAUGAGAUCCAUGUUAACGACGUGCCCCCCGGAGUAGCUGAAAUCAUAGAGAUCAAAAUAACAGAAUCCCCGAUGAUUGCGGUGAACGAUUGUGCGCCUAUCAGCGUUCCGGAGAAUAAAAUCAGUUCGGCUGACGAGGAAUCGAUGAAGUCACAAACGGAGAGCGUAAUCGAGGAAUUUGUUACGAUUACAAGAGAAAGCGAAAUUAACGUUGGUAAUAAUAAUAAUGAAGUCGAUGGGAACGAAGUUGGGAAGAAGGUGCCGACGAAGGAGAGAUCCAAAUCUCCGGCGAAGAAGGUCGCCAGAAGGAGGUCUCCCGUGAAAGUGGUGAAAAAACCGACCGGUAUACCGCGACGAAAUUUCGGAAAAAUUAGCCCGCGAUGCAGAACGGCCGCAAAAGUGAAAGAGGUCAGCGAAGUAACCCGCAGACCGACCCUGUUCAGGCGGAGCCCAAAGGAGAGCCCGGUAAAGGGGAGCUCGAAGGUCCUCGUCGAAAAUCUCGCGAGCAAAGCGAAAGCUUCGUCGACGAAACAAAAGCAAAUUCCAAUGAGUUCCACCUUGAAAACGCCUGAAAAGAGAUCGACGAUCCUGAGGACGUUGUCGAAGGGUUGCGAGCAGAUUAAGAAAUCAAUUAUGCAGUCCAACGACAGGAAAUCUAACGAACCGCCGAGGGUGAAAGAGAAUUCGAAAGCAAAAUCUUUCCUCUCGAGGAUACCUGUGUUCACUGCGAGACGUCAUCUUCGGCAACCGACUUCCAAGAGUCCACAGCAAAUUUCCAAUAGAGUAUGUACCGGUAGUUUAAACAACACCGUGGCGUCCAGUCAGAAGACCGGAAGAAAAAUUGCUCCGGAGAGCGUUUCGAAGAUUGGAUCUCGACUACAAGUCGCAUCGGUGAAAAUCAAUGAUGAUUCCAAGAAUAAGAAGAUGGAAGCUGUAAAAAAUCCUACCAUCCAGAUUCCUGCGGGCAAAGAACCUGGAAAUGAAAAGAAAUCCCAGGUAGACUCGAAGAGCAACGCUGAGGUAAUCGUGUCUAAGGAAGAUCCGGUGUUAUCCGAUGAUUUGGACUCGAGUAACACCGAAUCGAGCGAAGAAUACUCGUUGGACGAGACCUCGGACAAUGCCACGUCCGAAUUCGAAAGCGCCGCUGAAUCCGACAUAUCCAGCACGGAAAAACAAUUUUCCGACAACGCUUUGGACAGCAUGGAGGAAUUAACCGACGCCGAGAUCCUCCUCCAAGAGACCAUCAACGCGAUCAAGGCUAAGAUAUCCGACUCGGAGUUCGAGGGAUCCGAGAACGAGUCCGUCAGCGAUAUCGAGGCUCGGGACACCUCUAAUUCCAGCGAAACUUACGCGGACGUGAAAGACUGGUGGUCGCUCGACGAAGAAGAGGAAUUAGAGGAGGAUGAAGAACGAAGUUUUAAUGACGAAACAUCCGAGGAUGAAACUUUGAAAGCCGACGAACAGAAGACUUACAAAUUAGAUAAAAUCACCCUUGAGGUACCAAAAUAUGGUACCUCUUCGAGUGACACUGUUAAAAAGAAAUCUGCCAAGACUAACAAUAAAAAGAAGCUUGAAAGAAGUAAUAAUUGUAUGGGGGAGGUGCGGAAGAAGAUUGUUUCGAAGGGUGAGGUGAAAAUAUCGAAAGGGAUGAAUGAGAAACGAACGAAAGCGGCGAAUCGUAGAGCGAGUACAGGCUGCGAUAGGGGGUUGGAUCAGGGAGAAACGUCGAAGAAACGAUUCUCCCUGGUAGCCAGUUGUAUUCAUCGGUUCGAGGGCGAAGAGAAAUCGGAAAGGGAGUACGUGGAAAGUAGAAGCGGCAACUCGACGACAGGGGUAUCUCCCAAAACGGAACGGGAGAGAAUAGCGCGUCGUCUGUUGGCCGAAGGAAAAGCGUCGAAUUACGACGAAGCGGAAGUGGCCGCCAGUUUGCUCGCCCUGAAAUUCGGAGACGUCGAGGCUCUUCAAGCGGCCAAAGAAUGCUCCAGCGUGGAAUCGGCGUUGGCUUUCUUGCAACAAGAAUGCGAGCUCUGCACCGGUCGUUUUGCGAUGAGUCAGAUGGUGUCGAUGCUGAAGUGCGUGCAUCGAUGCUGCAACGAGUGCGCGAAGAAUUACUUCACCAUUCAGAUCAGCGACAGGAACAUCACCGACGCGGUUUGUCCGUUCUGCAAGGAACCUAAUCUGAAGGACGCGAACGAGGACGAGGUGCUCGAGUACUUCAGUAAUCUGGACAUACAGCUGAAGACACUUUUAGAUCCUCCUAUUCACGAACUCUUCCAGAGGAAACUGAGGGAUAGAACGCUGAUGCAGGAUCCCAAUUUCAAGUGGUGCAUUCAGUGCUCGAGCGGAUUUUACGCGGAUCCGGAUCAGAAACGAUUAAUUUGUCCCGAUUGUCGAUCGGUCACCUGCGCGCAAUGUCGAAGACCGUGGGAGAAACAGCACCAAGGAAUUACGUGCGAGCAAUUCGCCGCUUGGAAAGACCAGAACGACCCGGAUAAUCAAGCCGCAGGCUUAGCCAAACACCUGGCUGAUAAUGGGAUAGAUUGUCCUAAAUGUAAAUUUCGUUAUUCUUUGUCACGAGGAGGUUGCAUGCACUUUACGUGCAGUCAAUGCAAAUACGAGUUUUGCUGCGGUUGUGGCAAGGCAUUCAUGAUGGGAGCGAAAUGCUCGGUCAGUCCUUAUUGCGCGAAACUGGGCCUUCACGCUCAUCAUCCGCGAAACUGUCUCUUUUAUCUUCGCGACAAGGAGCCGGCGCAGUUGCAACAGCUGUUAAAAGAUAAUGGAAUCGAGUACGAUACAGACGGUCCGGCCGGGGAACGCAAGUGCAAAGUGCAGUUGCAGAAAGAAACUCCCACCGGUGUCGUGGACGCGAUAUGCAACUCGGACGUGGUCGAGGGACACGCUGGUCUCUGCAGGCAGCACUACAUUGAAUACUUGGCGGGCCUGGUACUGAAGGGCAAACUGGAUCCCGUGGCGAUCUUUGACUUGAACGACGCCAAGCAAGAACUGCGCCGUCGGGGAAAAGUUCCCCCUGCGAAGGACCAGGAAAUGUCCGAGCGGGAUUAUCUCGAGGCGUGCAUUCAGGUUGUACGAAAAGAGAUUCCACUGGAGUAAAUAGAAGAACAAUUAACGCGCGACUUUGUAUGAUUCACUCUUGAUGCAUGAUGUAUAGUGUAUUUAUUUUAUUAUAUGGAUAAUGCUGUAGAGAACAGUUUACAAUUACAGGAAAUAAAAAUUGACAAUUAUUUAAUGAUUCAUGCACGUACAAGAGUCGAUUUUGUCAAUUGAGGAUAGAAAUUUUUGAAUUACAAUACAAGAAUGAUAAUUUUUUCUUUUCUUUUUUUUUUUAAUGAAAAAAUAUGUGUCAAAUAUUCCUUAUAUAAUAAGUAAUAGAACUUUUAUAAAAAUACUUUGAUAAUAAAUUAAUUUCUAACAGAGUUCUGUUAAGAAACUAUGUAGACUCUUUCUCUUUGGAGGUGUUGCACCUUGAUUCACAAUAUCUUUUAAUCUAUUUAUGUUUAGUUUCUUUAACUUUGGAGUUGGUGUAAUAAAGUUUGUAGUACCUCCUA